CUCACAUCGAUAAAGGAAAAUUUUGAGGUAAGAAGAUAGUUAGUAAUUUCAUAACUCUUGAUUUAUCCUAGAAUGGAAGCUUUGAACAACCAACCUCAUGUGUCCGGGGAUUCCGAGGCAUCAAACAUUGAAAACUUUGUUGGUGGAAACCCAGGAAAUAAUAAUAACAAUCUCAACGCUAACAGUGAGAAUAUCGUUGGAAAUAACGUAAUCAAUCAAGUGGCGGGAUUUCUCCACCAACUUGCUACACAAGUCCGUCCAGAAGGUUGGAAUUUAGAUCGUCUCAAGAAGAAUGGUGCUUGGGUAUACAAGGGAGGAGAAUCGGGACCUCUAGAAGUCGCAGAGCACUGGAUCGAACAGACAAAACGUGUUUUUGAAGAUAACCUCAUUCAAGAAGGAGAAUGGGCUCUACUGGCCAUAUCUCUACUGCAAAAUGAAGCAUAUGAUUGGUGGAAAGUUGAAAAGACCAAUGAAGGACUGUCUGAACCCCUAACUUGGGUAGCAUUUGAGAAAGCUUUUUCUGACCAUUUCAUACCUCCUUACUAUCGUGACGCAAAAAGAAAAGAAUUUCAAAAUCUGAAACGUAAAGGGAUGUCUGUGGAAGCUUACAAAACAAAAUUUGUUAAGCUAUCUAAUUAUGCUAAGGAUUUAAUCACUGAUGAGGAGAAACGAUGUGAGUCCUUCAUCGACGGGCUAGAUGAAGAAUUCCAAAGGAGUCUCAAUGGGACUGUACAUCGGAACUUCAAUGAGCUCAUCAAAGCAACCAUGCGUAUUGAUUCGAUCGGAAAGAAAACCUUUGAUCAAGGGGAAGCAUCAUCAAAGAAGAACAACUCCAAUACAAAGAAUGUUGGUUGGGGAAAAUAUGGUCCCAAACAACAACAAUACUUCAACAAUAAAAAGAAGACGGAAACUCUGGUUGAGAGGCCUGAAUGCCCUACAUGUAAUCGUCGUNGAGUCUCAACGGGACUGUACAUCGGAACUUCAAUGAGCUCAUCAAAGCAACCAUGCGUAUUGAUUCGAUCGGAAAGAAAACCUUUGAUCAAGGGGAAGCAUCAUCAAAGAAGAACAACUCCAAUACAAAGAAUGUUGGUUGGGGAAAAUAUGGUCCCAAACAACAACAAUACUUCAACAAUAAAAAGAAGACGGAAACUCUGGUUGAGAGGCCUGAAUGCCCUACAUAUAAUCGUCGUCACAAUGGGGAAUGUUGGUUUCUAACUGGAGCAUGUAUGCGCUGUGGUCAGAAAGGUCACAUCUCAAAGAACUGUCCCAAACGUACUGACAAGGCGGAAGCACCGAUUCAGAAUAACAACAACAACCACCCACCUCCAAGACAAGCUCCACCAGUGCAAGGAAAGAAUGGCAACAACAACAAUCGAGUUCCGGCAAGAACAUAUGCAAUGCAAGGGAGGGAAGAUCAACAGAACCGUAAUGUUAUUAUCGGUAUAUUCACUAUAUUCGAUAAUGACCUAUGCGCUUUAAUUGAUCCUGG